UAAAGAAAAUUACAAAUUAUCGUUGGUUGCAACCUUGCAGAAAAAAAGGAAAGAAAUUUGAUAAAACACAAUUUAACAGCAAAUGAGCAUGAUAGGAACUAAAUGAAAUGACUGUAUAGGUUUUUCAGACAUUGCUGGUUAAUUAUUUUUUAGAACUCCAUGAAGGGCUGGAAGAUUGAUAUUGUACUUCAGUGGUGAAAAUUUGUGAUAAAUAAAACAAUUUAGCCUCAGAUAGUAGGCUACAUACACAGCCGCUAAACCCCGCCCCUAGUUUUUCCCUCUCUACCUGUCGAUCAAGCCUUAAUCCCGCCCCCUCCCGGUCCGCCUGUCAGUCAAACGUCUGCCCCGCCCCUUCACUGCCUGCUUGCACGUCGCGCAAAAAAACAGCAGCGACGGCCGUUGGGGGAAGAGAGUAAAUAGAGAGAGAAGCCUCAAGAUGGCUGACUCGCUGGGCUCCGUUCACCUCACCGGAGCUGCGGCUACUGCGGUAGCCCCCGCGGUCACCUCCGCCAAAAGCCCGCUCGCCAAGCCGACCGAGGCGAAGGGAGCCCCUGACAACCGCUCUCAGUCUUCCCGGGAUUUCAACCCGCCGCCGCCCAAGAAGGUCCGAGUCGAGGAGAGGAGCGUUAAACCCAAGAAACUCAGCAGGGAAGGAGGAGUGGGAGGCGACGGUAGCGGCAAAGAGAAACUCCAACAGCCCACGAAGCAGCAGAGCUAUGGCAGUGGCACGGGUUUGUGGAGCUUCAGUCCGGUUAAGGCGAGCGGCAACAACCCUCCGGUGCCUGCUACCGGUGGAUCCCAACCACCGACAAACACACACAAAGUCUUCAAACAGAGCGAUUUCUUCCUCCACAAAGCGCCUUCCUCCUCCAAACCCAAGAAACCCAGUAAAGAUAAACAGCGGGAGAAAGAGAGGGAGAAGGGAAAAGGAGGCGGAGAAGAGAAAAAGAAACAUAAACUGAUGUUGACCUCCGGACCCGGGAGUAACGCUAGUAACAACAACAGCGAUAUCAGCAGAUUUAAUUACAUUUCUGCAGUGAAGAGAGAAAAUGGGGAGGUCAUGUUGCCACCCAAAGACCUGAAACCUUCCUCUCUUCUUCCACAGAGCAACUCCAACAAGGACAAGGCGAAGGAGAGAGACCGUGAAGAGAGGGAGAAGAAGAAGGUCAAAGACAGAGAGAGAGAAAAAGAGAAGAAGAAGCACAAAGUGAUGAAUGAGAUUAAGAGGGAGAACGGAGAAGUCAAGCAGCCAAUUAAAGAUGAAAAAGAGAAAGCCAAGAUCAACUCAGAGGAGCUGCAAAUCAAGAAAGUGAAGAAGAAAAAGAAGAAGAAACACAAAGAGGGGGAGAAGCACAAACGAGUGAAGAUGUACCACCGCUCCUGCCAAACCAUUUGUGCUGGCCUGCUUCUCCUCCCUCCGUCCUCCCCAUCUCCCACCUCCUCCUCCUCAGCCUCCGAUCCCACGCAGAACUCCUCCCUGUCUCCAUUUAAGUCCCCGCUGCCGGUUUGCCCCUCACCUAACAACAAGUCCUCACACAUCCUGCCCUCCUCUCCUCCUCUCGCCCCCAAAUCCCUCUUUAACUCCUCAGUUUCCAACUCUCCCAACUCCGUGUCGUCCUCCAUCAAGGCGCCGCUUGCUUCUCCGACCAAACAGCAGCAGCCACGGUGCACCUACCCCGGCAUGGCGGGUCUGGAGUUCGCCCCGUACAUCCACAUAGAGAACCAGCCUAAUGGAGGGGCGCUGGUGGCCCACGCCUACACCUCACAGCUCUCCUCUCUCUCAAUGGGCCAGAGGCAGAGAUUCGCCCAGGAGUUUGUCACCUUGGCCUUCAGCGAGGACUCAUCCCAGGCAGCUCAUUAUGUCAUGGGAAUCGUCCACGGAGAAGCCAGCUACCUGCCCGAUUUCUUGGACUACUUCUCGACCAAGUUCCCGUCAGCUCCGGUCAAAAUGGAAAUACUGGGAAAGAAGGACAUAGAGACAACCACUAUGGCUAAUUUCUACUCUCAGGUGAAGAGAACGUACAGUCACGGGACGUACCGAGCCGGGGCGAUGAGACAGAUCAGCUUGGUGGGAGCUGUGGACGAGGAGGUCGGGAAUUAUUUCCCAGAAUUCCUCAGCAUGCUGGAGGAGUCGCCCUUCCUGAAGAGGACUCUUCCGUGGGGAACGUUCUCCAGUCUGAGGCUGAUGAGUCCCACGGAGAGCGACGACGGUCCCAUAAUGUGGGUCAGACCAGGAGAACAGAUGAUACCUGUGGCUGAUAUACCAAAGUCCCCCUUUAAAAGAAAACGCUCCACCAACGAGGUGAAGAACCUGCUGCAGUCGCUGCCCCGGACCAGCGAGCCCAGAGAGAUGCUGUUCGAGGACCGGACCCGGGCCCACGCUGACCACAUCGGCCAAGGUUUCGAACGUCAGACCACAGCAGCCGUCGGGGUGCUGAAGGCCGUGUGCUUCGGAGAAGGCUCAGAGCCUCCUCGUGUAACCAAAGACGUCGUGUGUUUCCACGCUGGUGAUUUCCCUUAUGUAGUUCAGAGGCUGCAGUUGGACCUACACGAACCCCCGCUGUCUCAGUGCGUGCAGUGGGUGGAUGAUGCCAAACUGAACCAGCUGCGCCGCGAGGGGAUCCGCUACGCCCGCAUCCGCCUGUGCCACGACGACAUCUACUUCAUCCCCCGCAACGUGGUCCACCAGUUCAAGACAGUGUCGGCCGUCUGCAGCCUGGCGUGGCACGUCCGCCUGAAGCAGUACCACCAAGGAGAGGGCGAAGAUGAGGAGGAGGAGGAGGAGGUGAAGGAGGAGAAGCCGAAGGAGAAGGAGAUGGAAGCGGCAUUGGAGGAAAAAGAGGAAGGGGAGGGGAGGAGGGAAAAGAAGAGUGAGAAAGGAGGGAAGGAGAGGAUAAAGGAGGAGGAGGGGGAAGAGGAGGUGGAGAACAGGACGUUGCCCGCUGUCAAAAAGGAGGAGCAGGAUCAGCACCUCCCUCACCCUCAUCCUCAGCCGGCUCGCUCAGCGGACUUGAGUGCAGGCAGAGACAAAGAGGAGGAGGCUGAGAGGGUGAAAGGAGGAGGGAAACCCAAACAGCAGGAGUCACCUCCUGCUAAGGUGAAGACCGAACCUCCAGCUUCUCCUCUUUGCAAAAAUAAAUCUCCGUCGCCUCUCCCUCUGUCCCCUCCCGCCUCUCUUCAUCCUCCUCUCCAGGACACAAAACCCAAAGUAUCAUCGAAGUUCCAUCACCAUCAUCAUCACCACCAUCACUCAGACAGCAGAAUGACGUCUUCCAGCGCAGCAGCAGCUUCCUCCUCCUCCUCUUCCUCCUCUUCUUCUACUUCUCAUUCGGAUCCCAAAUCAACUCUUUCUCCAUCUUGUCCUAAGUCUUCUUCCUCCUCUUCUUCGCCCGCCACUGAUGCUCCUCCACGCUCCUCUUUAGCUGCUCCCAGCCCGACUUCUUCUACCUCUUCUUCUCUUCCUGUUCUGUCCACAUCUUCUUCAUCCUCUGCUACAUCUUCCCCGCCUGCUCCUAAACCGACAACCCCUCCGUCCGCCGUCUCUGCGGCGUCUCAGCCGCCUCCCCCGUCUCCGUCACACCUACCGAAGGACAGAGACUCGCUUCGCCUCAAGCUGGACGUUCCCUCGGACACACGGACGCAAGCGCAGCACGGGUCGCCCGCCGUGGACGCACAGGCCGACACACGGACACACACAGCGGCGGCGGGGGACGCAUGGGAUCGAACGCCGGCGGACACACGGACGCAAACACUCCUGGAGAAAUGGACUCACAGUUUGGACUCAGACUCCAGGCCAUCGGUGGAUUCGCAGAUGCGCGUGCCGCAGGACGCGGGGAGGCAAGGGAUGUACAUGCAGCAAUACCCACCCCAGCACCUCCCACCUCCUCACCUGCUCCCCCCUUCCUUCUCCCCUCUCCUGCCGCACUCCCACCUCCCUCACAGACCUCCCCUGCUCCCCCCAAAUCCGCUAUCCAACCCCUCCCUCCCGGCGCAGCCGCAAACACUCAACUCGUUCCUGAGUCAGAAACCGACGCCACACUCGGUUCACAUGAGCCAGCUCCACCUGCACCAACCAAACAUCACCACCCAGUCUCAGCCGUACUACCAGCCUCCCCUCGUCGCCUCCCCCUCUCAGCCAAACACUCCCCUCUCCAGCUCCCAGCCUCUCCCUCCUCACCUCCCCCACCAUCACCAGUUCGCCAAAACCUUCUUCCCUCCCCAGCACCCGCACUUCUCCUCCCAUCCCUUCCUCCCCCCUCAGUCUUUCCUGCCUCAGCCUCCGGGCUCUUACCCGCUACAGCCGCAAUACCAGACCUCAGCACCAGCGCAGGUUCAGCUCUCUCUCGCGCAGUCUUUCCCCCACCCGCCUCCUCCUCCCACCACCUCGCAGUCUCUGCCUCCGCCUCCUCCCCCUCUCCCACCUCCUCUCCCUCCUCAGCCUUCCCCCUCUGUCCUCCCCCCAAAGCAUGAAGAGGAGCGGAGACAGGUUUUAUAGUAGUUUUUGUACAUAAUGAUGCUGUUUUUAAAUGACUGUAAAUGUACAAGGUUUUAUUUUGGUUGUGUUGUUGUAAAACGAUGUAAAAAGGAAAUAACAGGAGGAGACAGACACAGUAUCGUAGUUUAUAAAGCAGAGUUGGACUUUAUUUAACCCACACACCUCUUGACUGGACUGGUUUAGACUGUACCGAUGCUGUGGUUGUGCUCUGGUUCAAAAAUAUUAAGCGGUUACUGCAUGUACUGGUAGUUUUGGCCUUUAGUAAAAGUAUGGGUGCGCCAAAAUCUGACAGGUUUCCAGGUUCACGUCUGCCAAACUGCUGUCUGGUUCUCUGUUUUUGAAGUUAGCAAAGCCCUUUUAAACAUCAGAAUACCUGUGAACCAUCAGAGGAAGGAAAUAGUAAAUUUCUGCAGACUUUGUGUCAGAUAUUUAUAUUAAAAAGGUCACAAGGAUGAUCUUUUUGUGAAACUUGCAGCUAAUGCUUCCAUUUUGUGGCUUUUUUUCUAGUGUAUUCUCCGUGCCCAAGACUGUUUCUGGAAUAAUAAUGGGUCAAACUUUGAUAUUAUACAAUACACUAACGUAUUGAUGUGAUAUCACUACAUUUCCUCGACUAUAUUGUAACGAUACAUCUUAAUCAGUACAAUAUACUGCAGUACUUUUCCCUAAUGUUGUAUUUCGAGCAAUAACGCUCCGCAAUAAUCUGCUGAAACUAUAAAACUGCAUUUCCCGGUUAUUGAUAUACUGACAAGGAUCAGUAUUUUUAUUCAAAUUCAAAGCCAGUAAUGUCCUGUUGAAUCAUGUUCGUUGAGUCAGCAUCCAUGAGGAGUGAUUAACUGUAAUUAACAAGUAUCUUAAAUGAUUUUUCUAAUCAGUUGCAGUGUUUUAUUGCCUAAUAAGGAUAUCAGUGCAGUUUUUAGUGCUACUAAACGAAAGAAAAAUCCCAUUACAUUAUAAAUCAGUAUAGUAAGCUACAGUAUGCAGCCAGCAGCACUGUAGUUAAUUACACCAUAAAGAGUCACGGUGUAAUGCAUCGAGAUUAUCUUGUACCUGUAAGCCCUCGACACCGGUGGCAGAGCUCUUAGUGUAAUUUCGCUGUGUUUUUCAGCGUCUGUUGGACGCGCACCAGGGCCUCCUAAUUGUGGAGACUUGAGCGCUCACUGGUUGGCCACGGAAGAAUUCGACCCAGCCAAGGCCGUUAACACAGACAGGCCUUCAGAGUCUCAGGAAAAAGUAUUCAGGACACAUCCGUGAAUAUACUGGUCUCCUGAGGGAAAAAAAAAAACCCUGAUCCACUGAUUUUACUGGACAGUAGAGUUUCAGGGUCACUGGAAUAUUACUCAAUCUGCUACAUUAUAUUAGUCCCUAUGCAGCUACAUCAAGAGCUUGCCAUGAGGUAACUUUAGAUUUAGAGCAAUAUCAUACAGAUUCAGUAUAAGACUUCCCAAAUGUGACUCAUUACAGCACUUUGUAACACGGAUAUGUCUGAACUGCAGUUUAAAUACAGUUGACGUUAUUGAAAACUCUUUGAGUCAUGAUUAUGUCAGAUUAUCAACAGGGCAAUUUCAGGUUCUUCCAGGAUUAUAAUGUUAAUACAUUCAGGCCUCAGAUGAUAUGAAGAUACGAUUUUUUAAAAUUCUUUAUGAACACUCUCUAUCUCUCUCUCUUUCGCUCUAAGACACUUUGAAAACAGAUGGUACACUGUUGAGAGUUCAUUCCCAAAGCACUAUUUAUCUAUUUACCUGACGUCUGGUUUCUCUGCAGUGUGGAGCAUCCUGUCUGUAAAAAAAUAUUUUAUUUAUCAACCAAGGACUGAAGUGACCUCCUGUGUUUUAAAAGUACAAUAAAUUAUUGAAAUUCUGUUUUAGCA